AUGGUGAUGGAGGCACCGAAGGUUUCGUCCAUGGUUGGGGCCUGCGAGGUGGCGGAAGCUCACUGCCCCGAGACCUGGUCGAAGGGGAAGAGAUCGAAGCGUCACCGCUUCUACGACCGGCAGCCCACGGAGGAGGAGUACCUCGCGCUGUGCCUCGUCAUGCUCGCACGCGGCGGGCCAGCGGAGCGGGCGGAGCGGGCGGCGCCAACGCUGACGCUGCCGGCGACUUCGCCGGAGAAGCUUCCCCACAAGUGUAACGUCUGUGGGAAGGCGUUUCCGUCGUACCAGGCCCUGGGGGGCCACAAGGCCAGCCACCGGAAGCUCGUCGCCGGCGCCGACGACGGCGUCUCGUCGUCGAGUGCCACCGCCUCCGCCUCGUCGGGCUCCGCCACCGCGGUGGCGGCUGGGCCGGGCGGCGGGCGGGUGCACCAGUGCUCCAUCUGCCUCCGGUGCUUCCCUUCUGGGCAGGCCCUCGGGGGGCACAAGAGGUUGCACUACGACGGCGGCGCCGCCGCCCACAACGCCGCCGCCGUGUCCUCCUCCUCCGGCACGAGCUCCACUCUCAGGAACUUCGACCUGAAUCUGCCGGCCAUGCCGGAGUUCCUCGCCGACGGCGCCGCUGCCGCCCUGCGGCGGUGCGUGGCGGCGGAUGAGGAUGAGGUCCAGAGCCCACUGGCCUUCAAGAAGCCUCGCCUCCUAAUUCCUGCCUAG